AUGCGGCGGUUCGCACGAGUGGCGCUGCUGUUCCUGGGCUGCGGCGUCUGCUCGCUGCUCUACGGCGUCAGCCAGCUCGCGCUCUCCCUGGAGCAGGAGGCCGGCGGCGCCCGGCAGCGGCAGGCCCGAGACUCGGCCGCAGCCGGCGGCGGGCGGCAGGCGGGGAACGCGGGUCGAGGCGAGGAGGGGGCCGGCAGGUGUCAGAAUUUGUCUGUAUCUUUCUGGAAUUCCUAUUGGAUGCUGCCCUCUGAUGUUUGUGGAGUGAACUGCUUUUGGGAAGCUGCUUUUAGAUACAAUUAUAUGAAAACAUAUGAGCCUUCUGAGACAGUGCAUCUCGCAGUGGUUGCCUGUGGUGAAAGACUGGAGGAGACGGUUACUAUGUUGAGAUCAGCCAUUAUUUUCAGCAUCAAACCUCUCCAGUUUCAUAUUUUUGCUGAGGAUCAAUUACAUGAGAGCUUCAGAGACAUACUUGAUGACUUCCCAUAUGAAGGAAAAGUUAAUUACACAUUGUAUCCAAUAACAUUUCCAUCAGAAGGUGCGAAGGAAUGGAAGAAGUUGUUCAAACCAUGUGCUUCACAAAGGCUAUUCUUGCCAUUAAUCCUGAAAGACGUGGAUUCGUUGUUGUACGUUGAUACUGACAUACUGUUUUUGAGACCCGUUGAUGAUAUUUGGUCUUUUCUGAGAAAGUUCAACUCCACACAAAUUGCUGCAAUGGCACCAGAGCAUGAAGAGCCUCGUAUUGGGUGGUAUAAUCGCUUUGCUCGGCAUCCCUAUUAUGGAGCGACUGGAAUAAACUCUGGAGUCAUGUUGAUGAAUAUGACACGGAUCAGAAGAAAGUAUUUCAAGAAUGAUAUGACAACAGUCCAGUUACGCUGGGGAGAAAUUCUUAUGCCUCUGCUGAAGAAGUACAAGUUGAACAUAACGUGGGGUGAUCAGGAUCUGUUGAACAUAAUGUUUUUUCACAAUCCAGAAAGUCUGUAUAUCUUUCCUUGCCAAUGGAAUUAUCGGCCUGACCACUGCAUUUAUGGAAGCAAUUGUAAGGAAGCUGAAGAAGAAGGUAUAUUUAUUCUUCAUGGAAACAGGGGUGUUUACCAUGAUGAUAAACAACCAACUUUUAGGGCCGUGUAUGAAGCAAUAAAAAAUUAUUCAUUUGGAGAUGAUCUGGUUCGUUCACUGUUGCAGCCCCUAGAACUGGAACUGCAGAAAACAGUGCAUACGUACUGUGGGAGAGUGUACGAAGUGUUCAUAAAGCAGCUGAAAAAAAGCAUAAAAGACUUGUCUAUCAGAAGAUCAAAGGGAAGUUGAUUAAAACUGCAAGCUCUUAAAUCAAGAGACUGAGUUAAUGUACUGGUCAGAAAGUGCAACAGUACGGCUUGAAUUGGCUCUUAAUGUGCCCAGAUAAAAGUUUACUAGCGUACAUAAAAAUGAAGAAAAUAUUCACAUAAUGAAGAACAGGAACUCCUUUUUCCUGCAAGGGUGACCUUUUUCUCUUUUGAAGGUUAAUCACUGCUACUGUUGGAUCUGAUGAUUUAGAUGCUAUUGAUUUCUAUGGUCAGUGGGUUUAGUCUACAUAAUUCAAUUAUCUCUGAUGAUGAAACAAACAAGGGAGAAAUGAAAAUGGCUCUAUUUGGAAGUGUACCUCAUUGUCUAAAAUUCAUUUAAACUGUGAAUGUAGCAAUAACUGAGUCAGCAGCACUAACCUCACUUUAAAGGUGUGAUCACAAAGUUGUUUACAAGUGCAGAAAAUACUCUGUUUUCAAAGAAAUACAAUACAGUCAUUGACAAUCUGUAUGUGCCUUUAUAUAUUCAUCUCUUAUACAUGUUGGGUUACUGUUUUGACAAUCUUGCUGUGUUUAUCUUUGAUGUAAACUGCACACUAUGAAUACAGUUUUCUUAUAAACGAAUAGCUAGUAUGAGAUACUAGUUUUCUGUCUGUAGAUAUUGAGAAUUUGUUUCAAUAUUGUUGAGCCCUCUUGUCUAGAUGAUAUAGUUGAAUUGAGAGGUUCUGUAUUUUUGCAACAAUAUGAAGAUAUUUUUCAUAGAAUACUUUUAAAAAAAAAAUGUUUUGCAGCUUUAUAGGAUGUUUUGGAAGUAGGAAAAAAAAAGGUGGAUGGUGGAUAGCUGGCUCUGUGUUUUCUUAAUAAGAAUCAUUACAUGAUGAUCAUUAUGGAGUAUUUAGUACCUAAAAUUGAAGGGCUGUGGUAAAAGUUCUGAUGUUUCAUCAGACUGUAUAUUAGAUGUUUUCUUUAGAGAAUAUAUCCUAUUACCAUGUUUUGUUUUGGGUUUUUUUUUUUUUUCAAAUAACAUGGAUUUAAAAUAGUUUUGGGCCAGACCCUUGACUGCGUGAUUAUAUGAAUAUUGAAUAGGGUGUUAGUGAUUUACAACAGUUAAGGAUUAAGCUUUCUGUAGGUAUCUUGAUGGAAAAAAAAAAAAUGUUUAUGUAAGGCAAAUGUUAAAAGAGGAAAGCAUAGGAAAAGAUGAUUGACUUCUGAUGUUAUGGUAAAAUACUAUUUAAACAUGCAUGGUAUUAAAUGUAUUUGUAAGUGUACUUGAAUUGAACUCAUAACCUGAGAUGAAGCCUUUAUGAAGUGAGUUUCUCAGAUUCCAGAAAAGCUCCUGUGUGAUGAACCUUGGAGGAUCUACUUGCUGACUUGCGCCUUCAUUCUGACUCCAUUUUAGAAGCUUAAUGUUUGUGGCUCUUUCUUUGACAAAGGCAGACUGGUUUGGAAUCGCAGAUCCACAUAAGCUUCAGCAGUACAGAAGCGCACUCGAUUGUAAGCAGAGUUUGUGUUCUGCACCUGUCUCCCUGCUGGCUCAGGGUGUAAAUCUGUGGAGUGCCAAAUAGAAAGUCUGCCUCACGUGUAAUUUGUUUGUUUCCCUUGUUAUGUGUAACCUUUUGAAGACUGAGAAUCUAGAAAUCUCUGUGAAGGUGAAUACUGUUACUGACUGAUAUAACAGUAUGCAAUACAUUAUUUUUUUUACAUAAAUACAAAUUUUAUAUCAAUUUGUCAUCAGGGUGGUUUUUUUUUUUUUUACUUAUACCGUCUAUAUUUACAAAUUCUUUCACUUGGCUUGUUUCUUUUCUGCUUGUCUUGAGAAAAUUACUGUGUGGAAUAUGGUGUAUGCAUGCAAGGGCACUAUUUGAAACCCAGUGAACCAUUUUGGAAAAUAAACAUAACGUGAGCAUUAUCAGCAACCCUUCCAAUUACAUUUCAGUUUGUUGGAUUAGAAUCAAAAGGCUAAUAAUGAAACUAAUUGUAGAAUAAAAAUUCUUAUUUGCUUAUUUCAAGAAGCAUUCAUCUAGCAUAUUAUAAACACCAGAAUAUACUGUGUUAUGCCAUAGUCCUCUUUAAAUGUUUAGAAUAUAAAUUUUCAAGCCUCUCACCCUCAACUCUGUUUCCAAAUAACAAGUGAGCACUCUAGAAAACAUCAAAAAAGACCAGAAGUGCUGAGUAGCUUACAUUAAGUAACUCUCCAGAGUACUUGCUAUUUUUCAAUUUUAUUUCAAUUCUAUCACAACUAUUUCUUAAGUUUCAGAAGAUGACCUGCAUUGUAAAACCUUUAGAGGCAGUUGAGGGGACUGGAAAAUUAAUUACUAUGGCAGAAACCAGUUAUAUUCUGAAGCAUUUCAGUACUUGCUUCGUAAGGUUAUAUACACCUUAAAUGUAGAAACCUGUAUCCAGCCUGUAAGUCUUUAUAGCUGCCUAGUUUUAGAAACACUGUUUUUUUCUGCAGAUAUAGUAAGUAAACAGUAAAAUAGGGCCAGUCAAAUUAUAGAACUUCAGAAAUGCUGUUCUUCCUGUUUUACUAGAGAAAGUAUUUACAAUUAAUACUUUUGUAGAAAAAAUGUAAGCAUGCAUGUUUGGGUUAAAUUGAGAUAAUUUGGUCAUACUUGAUUUCUCUUUUCAUUAGGGUACUGUUAUUUCUUUUUAAAGAGAUCACAGACUCAUGGGAGAAUAAUUUUAUUUGAAGGUUUGUUCUCAUUUGUAUGAAACUGUCUUUUUUUUUGUAGGUACUGUGAAAGACACGUGAUAGUAUAGAUGGCACUAAGAUGUCCUUAUAGAUGGAGCCUUGUACCUGUGCCUACUAAUGAGGCUGAUGAGCCUUACAAAAAUCUUUCGAGUUGCUUGCAGUUUUGCCAAAACUCAGAUGGAAGGUGACUUCAAUACCCAGCCCUUGUAAAUUGUUGUUGUUAAGGUUUUGCUUUAGAUUUAGGAAGAUUAAGAAAAGAGAUGUACAGGAAAAUUUAUGUUUUUCCAUUUUCUUAUUUUAAAUGGAUUUUUAAGCAAUAUGAAAUUACCUUUUGGUGACUUGGGCCCAAAUUUGUUCAAUAUAUAAACUUCUACCAAAGUGCUGUUUGGAAAACAGAAGCAUCAGCAUUUUAAAACUUAUAACAAAAUUAUGUCUGUACUAAAUAUGCUCCAACCACACAAACUUGCCACACUUCUGUCUGUGGUAUUUCCAUAACAGAUGACUGAGAAAUCAGUCUUCUUUCUUUUCCUCCACCCAAAUGAAACUUCCUACCUAGAUAGCAUAGAAGGAGAAAUAGCUGCAAGUAGAAAGGAAGGAUCUACUUGGAUUGUUUAGAAACAGAGUAUGUGAGGCAAAGAUAGUGUAGUGAAAUACCUGUAUGUGAUUGGGCUCCUUUGUUUGCAAUGAAAACAGGGUAGAACUAAGACUGGUUAUACACUGCCAUUUACAGGUGUGGUGGUAUUUGUCAUGGAAUUUGUCAUGGCAUGAAACCAAGGGAUAAAAUCAAUCUUCCAUUUUCUAUCUUACAUGUAGGAAAACAUUAGGCUUAUAAGGGGAUCUCCAAACAUAUGGACAUAUCUAAAACCUCCAUUCCAUAGUUGUCUUAAAUUCUUUUUCAUUGUCUACUUUCUGCUUCAAAUUAAAAGAUUUCCAACUGUCAAGCAGUUUUAACAAUAUUUGUCUAACUACAUAAAAUAUUUUUGACACAGGUGGUAUACUCUUGAAUAUUGUAAAUUAUUUAUGGGCCACUUGUCUCCAAUUAUUUAUUCUAAAUGGAUAAUUUAUUUUCAAAAAAUAGUAUGUUCACUUCCUCUGCUGUGAUAUCUGAUGUGAUGAUCAUAGUGGGUUUUCCUGCCCACUUCACUGCUUUCUGAAAGGACAGAACUUGUAAUGGGUCCGGUUGUUUUCUGUAUUAAAACAAGGUGCUGAGAACUGUAA